UGUACCUACUCACGUCUAAAGAGUACAAGCAAGGCCAAAAUGCUAUCCCAACUCGCCCUCUUACUGGCUCUCGUGCCCUCCCUCGCUCUCAGCGUACCGACGGCCGCCGGUUCAAAACACAACGUCUACCUCGUUCGCUGCCAACCUUCCGAUCCAGACGAGGACGUCAUCGUUGCGGCAGCUUUCUUCCGGGACGGACCUAUCAAGGAGGGCUCAACUCUGCAAAACCCAACCGCACUAGUGACUGUCAGCGGAAGCUCACCGGAGUGGGAGGGGAGACAACGACGCGUACGACUCGACGAGGGAACAUUCACCACGAACAUCAGCGCGGACGCAAAGAAGGCGGCUAAGGGGUCCAUUGCCGGCGACGCGAAGCUGGGAAGCGAGCCGUUUGUGUGUUUCAAGGAUGGGACGACCAAGUUUUCGGUGAGGUACGACCGCGAGAGGUAUUCGUGUACAACGGAUUACUGGUGUCCGAGCAUUGAUGUGGGUGAUGCGAACUAG